AUGCAGUCAAAUCUCAGAGCCCAGGCUGAGAUUCAGGCCCAGAGGAAGAAGCAGCUUGCAAACUCGUAUAAACAGCUACUCGAUGAAUUCGCGGCCACCGACCUCAAGACCGUCGGCAAUUAUACCGUCGGCAGACUGAUAGGCAAGGGCAGCUUUGGAAAAGUCUACUUGGCCUCGCACAAACUCAGCAAUGGCUCCAAAGUCGUGCUCAAGAGCGCGAGAAAGGACGAUGCCAACCUCGCGCGUGAAAUCCACCACCACCGCCAGUUUAUACACCCCCACAUUGCUCGCCUGUACGAAGUCAUAGUCACGGAGCAGAUGGUAUGGCUGGUGCUCGAGUACUGCCCCGGCGAUGAACUAUACAACUACCUCCUGGCCAAGGGUGCUCUCGAGCCCGCCAAGGUCCAGCGCAUCUUCACCCAGCUCGUCGGCGCCGUCACCUAUGUCCACAAUAAGUCGUGCGUCCACCGCGAUCUCAAGCUCGAGAACAUUCUCCUGGAUAAACACGGCGAUGUCAAGCUGGUUGACUUUGGCUUCACCCGCGAGUACGAGGGCAAGUCAAACUAUCUACAAACAUGGUGCGGGACAAUUUGCUACAGUGCUCCGGAAAUGCUCAAGGGCGAAAAGUAUGCUGGUGAAAAAGUAGAUGUUUGGAGUUUGGGCAUCAUUCUCUAUGCCCUGUUGGUGGGCGAGCUGCCUUUUGACGACGACGAUGAAAUGGUUACCAAGACAAGAAUCCUGAAAGAGGAGCCAAAAUUUCCAGACUCCUUUCCUCCGCAGGCAAAGGAGUUGUGCCAGUCAUUGCUUUCGAAACGACCGAUUCUGCGUCCUACCUUAGCCGACAUACUCCAGAACCCUUGGUUGUCGGAACAUGCGCCGCGCCAGCAGGAGACGCUAAAGCUGCAACAGCCGGCUCCCUUUUCCACCGAACUAGAGAAGGAGGUUUUGCAGCGUAUGCGCGCUGCUGGAGUCGACAUUGACAUGGUGAUUGAGAAUGUAUUGGCACAAAGAUGUGACUCUCUCGCCGGUUGGUGGGCAUUGUUGCUCGAGAAGGAAGAACGAAAAGCCAGGAGGAGAGAGCGGAAACGAAAAGAAAGGGAGGCAGAAGCGAAGAGUCUUCGACGGUUGAGUGCUGCAAGUAGUCGUCUCGACAAACUCGCGCCUACUAUUAGGGAGAUGGACGAAGAAGGGUACCACCUACCCCAAACACCAAAAAGUCGCGGUAGAACGGCCAACCGCAGCAGUUUACAUGGUGCUCCAGAAUUACCGCGUCUCCCGGAAUCGCUCACUUCUCCCAACCUCACAAUUGACGACAAGCCCCUACCUCCAAUUGACCCUCCUCGAGGACGCAAAUCACACUCUGCGUCACGGCCACCACUUCCUGCGAAAGAUAUCGAUAGACGAAGAUCACGUAGUAGCAUGCUACAGGUUGUCUCCAACCCCGAUCUCCUUUCACCAAACGGAUUUGUACCCAAGCCGCGUCGGAAGCAGCCCAUCAUUGGCCAUCUGCUAUCCCUCCGGAAUUGGAUAAAAGAGACAUCCAAGCGCGCACGGUCGCCAAACUCGAAAGCUAGUAGUGUGCAGUCACCAAAAUUGCCCGAAAAUAAGUCUCCAGAGGGAGGAAGACGAAGGCUUAACACAGCCAACCGGUCGUCUGUUUACACGAACCCAAAGUCACCGCCAAUGGCACCGGCUUCUACGAGACCGCGGACCUCUACACACGGCUCAGGCUCUGUGAGACGACUAUCAGCAUCCCCAGCUCCAUUGACACCACGGUCAUCAUACCGCCGGUCGUCUGGUGGUCUCCGAGGGCGCAAGUCCACAUCAUCAUCCGUGUCUUCGAUCCGCAGCAUGCCGCACCACCACCACUCUCACAGCAAAGCCUCGUCAACCUCGUCGGCCUCACUCGCCUCCCCCGCCGUCUCAACAUCCGGCCACUCGCACAAACCCUCCAAAUCUCCCCAUAACAGCAUCAAAGUCCUACCUGCUACACCUACAUCAUCCUCUUUCCCCUCGAACAUCCGCGUUGUCCGCUCCGGAUAUCCACCCGGCCUCAGCGAAUCCAGCGCCGCAUUUGGAAACGGCCACGCAAUGCCUCCUCAAUCCCCCGGCCUAGUCUUUGCCAAGCGCAAACGCAGCGUCUUCAAAGGCCCCAUGCUCAACGUCAACACGGGCGUUGGCAACGGCAGCUCGGGAGGCGGUGGGUGGCGCAGCAGAAGCGGCGAGGGUGGUUCAGGAAGUCGUGGCACGAGUUCGCAGGGUAGACGCAGCGGCGAGAUCCUGGGUAUUACCGAGGAAGAUGAGGAGGAAGAGGAGAUUGAAGAGGUGGAAACAUUUGGGGGUCGCUUAGGUGAAGGCGAGUUUGUAGAGGAGGUUUUAGGACCGCCUCUUACACCGCCGAUGAAGGAGGAAAAGGAAAUUGAAGUGGAGAAGGAGAAGGAGAAAGAGAAGGUUGAGGGUGCUUGA